UAGUUGCCGGUUCGCUUAACAUCGCUUAGUAUCUUUUAAAAUCGACGAGUCAGUCGUGAAUGUGCUAGUGCUGUGUUAACAUCUAAUAUUUCUCUUAUCUCAUAAAUAACACAUUCUUUUCUCAAUCUACGUUAGAGAUUUAAAUAGGAAAAAAAGUCAACAGUUUUCGCAAUGCAGAACUCUCAACCAAUCAUCCUUCUGCUAAUGUCUUUCUUCAUUUGCAAUCGGUAUUUCUUUCAACCAAUCGAUGCCAUUGGUAAUCUUCGAAUAGCUUAUCAAUGGAAAGAGAUUGAUUAUGAUUGGCCGAACGACGACGUCAAGAACUUAUUUCCUGAUUAUAAUCGUGAGGAUAAUCUUCCUCUGGGUUUGGAUAUCGCUGAUAACAGGAUAUUUGUUACGGUACCAAGAUGGAGAAGAGGAGUUGCUGCUAGUUUAAAUUAUAUCAAUCUUAAUGAUACUCGAGAAUCACCACCGUUUAUACCAUACCCAACUUGGGAAGCUCACGAACAUGGAAGUGGGAAUGGAAGUGGGCCAGAAUUGGUAUCGCCCUUUCGAUUGAAGGUCGAUCGUUGUUCAAGACUUUGGGUUCUUGACACAGGAUUAAUUGAUAUUAUGGGAAAUCCAGAACAAAGGGUGCCACCCGCAUUAGUUAUUUAUGAUCUGAAAGAUGACAGACUCUUACGAAAAUACGUCAUACCUUCUGAUCAAAGGACGGCUGAUUCUUUCUUUGCCAAUAUCGCCGUCGAGGAUUAUAAUUGCGAGGAUACUUAUGCUUAUCUUGGUGACCUAGGUGCUCCAGGAUUAAUCGUUUAUUCUUGGAAACUUGAUAAGUCUUGGCUUGUUAAGCAUCACUUCUUUCAUCCCGAUCCUAAGGGUGGCAAUUUCAAUGUUUCUGGCCUAGCUUUUGUAUGGAACGAUGGAAUCUUUGGAAUGGCUCUUGCACCUACUCAGGAUGGAUACAGUACUCUUUAUUUUCAUCCAUUAUCCAGUACAAUGGAGUUUUCUGUUAGUACAAAACUUCUACGAGAUCCCGAACGUAUUAAUUCUCCUGAAAGCUUUCAUGAAUUUCAACCUCUUGGCUCACGUGGAUCGAAUGGUCAGAGCAGUGUCAGCUUUAUUGAUCCAAACACAGGCGUCAUGUUUUAUGCUUUAACGAACUUUAAUGCUAUUGCUUGUUGGAGACCUAGUAAUAAUUUUAGUCUACAAAAACAGAAUUUCGUUUACGUCGACAACGUCACUAUGAUAUUUCCCAACGAUUUAAAGGUAGACCAUAAGGGCAACAUUUGGAUUUUGUCAGAUCGUUUACCAAUCUUCAUGUAUUCUCGCUUGGAUCCUGAUGAUUAUAAUUACAGAAUUUUGGUUGGAUCAACAGAAGAUCUCAUUCGUGAUACAGUUUGUUCGAAGGACUUUGGCGUCUCGUCGAAAUAUCCAAAUGAUUUCAUUCCUGAGAUGAAAAAGGAAGGAGAACAACAACAGAGCGGUGCUGGAGUUAGUGUUUGAUGAUACGAACUCGGUCUUCCAAUAGUCAUUGGAACAAUAAAAGAAAUUAAAAGAAAAAUGUCCAACAAGCAGAAGAUUAUGAGUUCUAUACCUGGGCUAGCUUAUCCAUUAGCUAGAAAUAAAAUUAUAAAGACACCAUAUGGAUUUUUAAAAGGAAGAAUUCAGCAAGAUGGUGCCGAAGGACUUUGGAGGA